AUGAAUUGCCCUCAUAGGGAAGAACAUAUUAGAACGGGAAAAAUUAAAAUGUCUGGUCAUAAGAUGUUUUUCGCGCUCACAGGACAACCAGUACCUAGAGGGUCAAAUGGGAAGUCUGCUAAAAUGAUUGUUGAGGAAGCGAGCAAUAAAGAUAUGAUGGUGCAAAGCAAUAUGUUUGCAUCACCUGGAGAAAUUUACACCCAGAACAGCGGAGAGCCAGGUAUCGUCCAGUUGGGAAUAGAUGCUCGAGUUAAAUCAGUAUACACCAACCAGAUUAGAGAUUCAAGAGAUGAUAUGUUAGAUAAAAUGGCUACUCGAAUUGAUACACUGUUGGGUAAUAAUGUGCCAGCACAGGUAGCACAUCCAUCGGCACAAGAAGUUGACAUAGUCAACAAUGUGAAAAACAUUCUGUCAUAUUUUGAGGGACAGCAAGGUCAAGGUCAAGAAGCUGCAAGUUAUGUAGCUACUAGACGCAGUCAAGCUGAUACUCAGGGACAGCAGGGUUUCUCGUAG